CAGGACUCUGGAAAGUACCAAAUAUACAGUGCUAGCACACAUCGGUGUAUGGGUAAAAAUCAAAAUUACAAAAUACACAAAGUUAUACCAUUUUUAUUAUGAUACCUCACCAAGCAGUGCUUCAAAUCCCAUGUUUGUUAUAAUUGUUUCAAUAAAAUAUUUCAUAAAUACAGCAAUGACGACCAGUAGCUCAAAUUUCAAAGAGUCUAUUAUUUUGUGGUUGCUUUGCAGCAUAUAUUAUCCUGAAGGUACGUGUAGGUAGCUGCCUUUGCAUUGACCUGGACAGAAAUACUGACACUGCAAAUUGUACACAAUUUCAGGCAAAUUUCGCUUAGUACACAAGGCUAUACAUGUAUAUAGACUUGAACACAUUUUAAAGCAAAAUUUGCAAAUUACACAAGGCCUAUAGCCUUGUACACAUUUUAAAGCAAAAUUUGCUUAUAAAAAGAAACAUGAGGUUUCUUUUAUGUUUAUGGCAAGGUAAAACAAAUCUUUUUGCACACAGCAUGUACUAAAGAAAAAAACCAAAUUGGAAGAAAUUAGUAUGCAUGCAAACUUGUGGCUAAAGCACCCAAGAGUUUGUAUCGAAUACAAAACAAAGUGAUGUUUAGGAGUAAGAUAACUAAAAGCAAAAGUGGUCAAAGAAAAGUUGAGGAGGGUCUUUUGUUGAUGCCUUUUUAAAACAUAAUUAUGUCUGCAUUCUUCUUACAGUUCCAACCACAGCAACCAGUAAUGUCCAUACCAGUACACCUGUCAGCAAUGUUUGACUUGGAACCUAUGGUGGAUGAUCGAGUCUUUGACUCAUCCUCCUUGUUCAGUUCAACAGCAUCAGACGUCACGGAUGAUCAUUCUACCAUAACUGUUGGUGGGAGUAUUUCAACUCCAUCGUCUUCUUAUCCAGAUCCAGAUUGCUCACCGCCACUGUCACAGAUGAUUUCAGGUGCAUCUCCACCUCUGAAGCGACAAAAGGCUGUGCUCUUUGACACAAAGAAGAUUCUCAGUGGGUCGAAAGCGGGAAGAGAUUUAAUUGCCAACAUCGAGAGAACUGGUCUCCUCACCAAACAAGACGAGCAUGUCAUGGUGAAGACUUUGGUGGGAUGUUUGAUUCCCCGUCAGGGCAAAAACCCGGGUGCGUUUGAGAAAAAUGCACUAGCUGAGAGUGUAGUUACUGCUUUUCCAUGCUUGAGGGACCCACAGGGAGCCACAGGAUAUGAAGCCUUUUACACCAAAGGUGCGAAAGGGUUUCCAGCAACUGGAUAUCUGGAGGAGCAUCUCCGCUACGUGCGUAAGCACAUGCUACAGGCAGUAACACAGGAAUGUACAUCAACCUCAGUGAUGGCGAACACUAAACCUAAACGACCAGCUGGGGCUGAUGAGACAACACUCGAGCAUCAGUCCAAGAUUGAAUGGCUUAAAGAUAACAUAGAACCUGCUGACAAGGUGGCGGAACUUAUGGCAGUGACCGCUGACUACCGAAGAGAGUGGAUCAAAAACAGGGAGCGAACUGUGGCUGAAAUUUUUCAGGAAUAUCCUAGAUUAAUGAACAGCAACAUGAUUGAACAGGACUAUCGCUUAGCAUAUCCAUCAUCAGCAGACAAUCUAUUGGAGCGAUGGAGUGCCAUGGUUGAACCCAUUAUUGAGUAUGGUACACAGAUGUGCCCUUUGUGGAGGGAAAUCUUGGAGUUUCCACCUAACAUGGUCCUAAAGGAACUGACAAAUGACCAGAAGUCAAUUUUGGCUUUGCUUAUGUUGCCUGUGAUUUGUGAGGGGAUCAUCAAGAAAGGAGCUCCUGGCAAAGGCACCUACAGAGAUGUAGUGAAAUCAUUCAUCGACACUCAACGGGAUAUCAUAAAUAUGCCACAAUACCUGAAGGAAAUAGACACAAAGCUUCAUCCCCAGCCCUUUGUGCUAUCAUUAGGCAGCGCUGAUCUGGAGUCAAGAAAUGCUUUUGUAAUUAUGGAGAAACAAGCUAUUCCCCAACCAUCAGUCAUGAAAGCAGUAGAUGUGUGCUACAAGGCACACUAUGUGCUGGACUGCAAAUACCAAGUUCAGUGCAAGGGGGUAUGGACUUUUUUUGAAAAGUGUGUGUUCAGCCAGCAAGGUGUGCAAUCGAGAGAAACCGCCACACUGAGAGGUCUAAGGGCUUUUCUUGCACAUAAAAACGUGCUGUAAGUCAUGUGUAUAAGUUAGCAGCAUUAAAGGUUUUAUGGGUAAAUGUAUUACAUUUCAAAAGUGUACGUCCCUGUAACAUCUGACCUGUCUAACUUGUCAUUCAAGUGUCAUCAAUUUGACAAAUCUUUUUGUAUUUGCUUAGAAAGUACUUUGCUUUACAAAAUAACUCAUUGUUUUGAAAGUCACUGCAGCAAUGUCUGCUGAACCCAUUUUAAAGUAUAUAAGGCUACCUAACAAGUUGAUCCUUAAAGGCAGUUAAAUUGUACUUGGUGUGUAACAGAAAGAAAACAUGUAAACAACAUUCCCUUUUUAUUUAUUUAUUUAUAUAUUUAUUUAUUUCCUUUAUUUACCCAGGGUGAGCCAAAUCAGUAAAAAAAAA